AUGCUCGAACGCAAGCCAUUACCGGAAAGGUCUCGAUCACCACCUCUCGAAGGCAACACCAGCACCAAGUCCACCCAAACCUCCCCAGUCAAACCAGAGGUGCCCCCUCGCGACCCCCUCGGCCCGGUGGUAGUAUUCAUCGCCCGAGCCGAGAAUGUAGACGACCACGACUACCCCAACGCAACGCUGACCGUCUACCAAAUGCACGAAUACCUACGCUCACUACUGAUCAUCACCGUCGGCGAGCACCGCAAGCGAUUCGGUAUGCUAGGCACCCGUCCACACAAGAUGCAGACAAUCAUCCAGCCGGCGAACCGCAGGAUCUCAUCAAUCAGCCGGGUAGGCAAAUACCUGACCUCAGCGCUCGAAGAAGCCCGCGAGACCAAUUCCGAGUGCAUCUUCGUCCUAUAUGGAUGGGACGGCUGGACCACCGACCAAGAGACCAUCGCGAAUUUGUGCGAUCAGUUCCGUGACGUGCCUUUCUUUUUCCACGUUUAUGCGAACCGUGGCUCGCCUCGUGACUUUUUCGAGGUUAGCGCUCAUAGGUUCAAUGCGUACUAUCUACAGAAGGUUGCUGUGGAUGAUGAUGUUGUUAUCCGGGAUCGUUCGACUGCUUUGUUUAUUCGCAUGAUUGAGGCUUUGCCGACGUUGCAUUCUGCUAGCUGUCUUCCCAGGAUUGCGUUGAGGGACAAGACGGGCCUUAGUAAGUAUGACAGGCGGUUUGUCGACGAUAAUGACGAUGGACCUGAAAUUCGAAAGCGCGGCGUCUGA